AUGUUCCUUCUGGCCAUUAUUACUCUACUUUUGGGAUACGCUUUGUGCAUACAAUGCAGUAGAAGCCGUUAUUCGAGCAAACGGAGCAGUGUGAGUAUAAGAUCGCAGACGACUUCGUCGAGGAAGCCGAAGAAAGAGAUCAAACCCACCAUCACCUCGGCUUGUUGUGAGGCCGGAGGGACCACUGCCAAUCAGGAUCGGAUCUCCGUCAAACCGUUGAGGUAAGAAGAGAUCUUGAGGCUGUUUUAGAGAGUUUUUCUACUAGACACACCUUUAUUUUCGUUGCCUUUGAUCAUUUUUUAUAUUAUCCAUAACGGAUUUUCUUACAUCGAAUCUUAUUACUGCGAUUUCUCGACAGUAGACGUGGCUAUCGGACGAUAAAACUCGAUUUUUUGUCAAAAAACGUAACCAUGAUGGAUAAUAUAAAAAAAUUCAAAACGAAAAGUUAAAGGUGUACCUAGUACAGUGGCGGACCUGAUCCAAUGGCAAAAAACGUUCCAUUUUGCAUCCGAAAAGUAUCAAAAAUGUAGCAAAAUACCCCCUUCUCCAAGUGAAAAAACUCCAAUUUCAAAAGCGCGCCCGUUCCCUUUUGUGAGGCGUUCUUCAAAACUGGGGGUUUUCAGUUGGAGAGGGAGGUAUUUUGCUACAUUUUUGAUACUUUUCGGAUGCAAAAUGGAGCGUUUUUUGCCAUUGGAUCAGGUCCGCCGCUGUACUAGCUACACUUUUAACUUUGCGGUUUUGAAUUUUUUUAUAAUAUCCAUCAUGAUUACAUGGGUUUUUGACAAAAAAAUCUAGUUUUAAUGUCCGAUAGCCAUAUCCACUGUCUAGAAAUUGCAGUAAUAAGACUACACACCGCAUAUACUAUCUUAUUUUUUAGACAAAUGGACCAAGAAAGUGCGCUGAGCCGCUCCCUGAUCUCCCCUUCCACUGCCCGCUAA